AUGUUGCUUGCUGCCGGUGUUGAUGAGGAGGCUUUGAAAGGCCUUAGCCGGGAAGACCUGAAGGAUCUUUUUCCUGGUCCUGGACAUUUUCUCAGAAGAAAGAAACUUUGGGAGUUCAUCAAUCAAAAUUGUGAAAAUACCACGGACCAAGAUGCCAGCACUUGCAGUGGAAGCGGGAUUAUGCCCUCAACUAGCUCCAUGCCACCAUGCCAGCCGCAAGCCUCCACCCCCAUAUCUGCUGAGAAAACAAUGAAAAUGCCAGACCCUCCAGAGUAUGUGGUGUACACAGAUUCAGAGUUAGACAUGACUUGUAAGGAACACAAUCACUAG